UACCCCCGUUUUGAGCGCAAACCGAAUUUUAUUAAUAAAUGGUUUUCUCUCUCUGGAGAAGUUGAAGACAGCAACGAACAAGGGAGAAUUGUGAACGCCAUUAAUGUUGAUGCGAAAGGCAAGAUGGCGAAAUGUUAUACUAGGCAAGGCGGGAAUGAAAAUUUUCCAGAGUCACUAUCAAAUGAGAAUUACGAAGUCUUCUUUCACGGCACAACACAAAAAAAGGCUUUGAGCAUCAUAGGUGGCAUUCACUUGGCAAAAGGAAGGAGAAACGGAGACUUCAGCGAUGGAAAAGGUUUUUAUCUUUGUAAAAACUUUGAUUACGCCUUAAACACAAUGUGGGCGCGUCAACGACCCCCUAAUUCAGCAGUUGUUGUGUUUCAGGUGAAUAGAACUGAACUCAGGCAUGGCAUAAUUAAUGGUUUAAAUUUACAACACGAUUUGUCGGGGUGGAUAGAGGCUGUCAGCCUUUUCCGCACUCACCUACAAGAUACGAAAUCUCGAAGAAAGAGCAAAGAAGAUGAAAAAAUGUUUAAAGACAAAGAUAAAUUCGAUUUUAUUGAAGGACCCAUAUGUAGCGAGGCGCACUGUUUCUCAAACCCUUAUCCUAUCGAUGACUCGUAUCAGUUUUGUGUUAAGAGCCAGGUUUGUGCUGAAUUGUUUGAUCGAAGUCUUCAUUCAGUGGUGUUUUUCGACCAAAAUUAA